AUGAGUUUAGUAGCAGCAGUCGCAGGUGGGGCGACCUUGGCCGCGUAUCUGAACGCCAAAUUUCACAUCACCAAGGAUGUCUCCGGCAUCCUGAAUAUGAGACGAAGUACACGUGAAUAUGAGCGUGCUGUCUCCCAGAACCAAGGCAACGUAUGGUUUCUCUUUCAAGAAACUGCCGCUCGAUAUCCUGAUAUGGUCUGUAUUUGGACACGGGAGCGGUCAUACACAUAUCGCGAGAUUAUGGCGUACGCAAACCAAUACGCGCACUUUUUCUUGUCCAAAGGCGUGAAGACGGGCGAUCUGGUGGCGCUAUACUUGCAGAACCGGGCCGAAUUUAUCUUUGCGUGGCUGGGGCUCUGGAGUCUUGGGUGCGCGCCCGCCGCGAUCAACUAUAACUUGACGGGAGAUGCGUUGCUGCAUUGUCUGAAGAUCAGUGGGGCGAAGCUGGUGUUGGUGGAUGAUGAUGCUGAAUGCCGUGCCCGCAUGGAUGAGUGCAAGGUCACUGUCGAGGGCGACUUGGGCAUGGAGCUUAUCACUGUAGAUCCUACAUUUACUGCGACAGUGCUGUCACGAUUCCCCUCCACCGUCCCUGAAGACGGUCGUCUGGCUCUGAACAUGAAGGGUACAUAUCCCGGUAUACUCCUUUAUACAUCUGGUACCACAGGAAUGCCGAAAGGAUGCGCAUUCACCAUGUCCCGGUUAUACACUACGGCUCUCCUACGCAGUGGUACCUCCUUAAUAGAUCGACCCGGCCCAGGCGGCGAUCGUUGGUACAGCUGUAUGCCACUCUACCACGGAACUUCAGCUAUCGCCAUGAUUAAUUCGAUCGCUACCGGUAGGAGCAUUGCGCUCGGGAAGAAAUUCAGCGUGCGACAAUUUUGGUGUGACAUUCGCGACUCUGAAUCGACGUUUUUCGUUUACGUGGGAGAGGCAGCACGGUAUCUGCUUGCUGCUCCACCAUCCCCCGAUGACCGAAAGCACCGCGUACGCUGUAUGUACGGCAAUGGCCUGCGACCAGAUGUCUGGGACAAGUUCAAGGAGCGCUUUGGCAUACCAGAGGUUGGGGAGUUCUUCAAUAGUACGGAAGGUAUCUUUGCACUGUUCAACCACAACAGUGGGCCGUUCACGACCGGCAGCGUGGGUCACCACGGGCUGAUCAUGCGCCUCUUGCUGAACAAUGUAUUUAUCCCCGUGGCCAUUGAUCCGAACACGGGCGAUGUUCUGCGCGACCCCCAGACGGGGUUCGUCGUGCGCGCGCCUUACGAGACGGGCGGCGAAAUUAUUGUCAAUGUUCCGAACGAGGAGGCUUUCCAGGGCUACUGGAAAAAUGUCGAUGCGACUUCGAAGAAAUUCCUGCGGGAUGUGUUUCGCAAGGGAGAUAUCUAUUACCGGUCUGGGGAUGCGUUGCGCCGUCAGUCGGACGGACGAUGGUACUUUUUGGAUCGCUUGGGAGAUACCUUCCGGUGGAAGAGUGAGAACGUCGCGACGGCUGAAGUCGCGGAAGUUCUCGGUCAAUUUCCUGGAAUCAUCGAAGCCAAUGUCUACGGCGUCACAGUCCCAUAUCACGAAGGCCGGGCGGGGUGCGCAGCCCUCCAAAUCAGCCCAGAAUCCAAGGCAAACUUUGACUUCCAAGAGCUGGCCAGGUUUGCCCGUUCUCGGCUGCCUAAAUAUGCUGUCCCGGUGUUCCUGCGCAUAGUGGAAAGCUCAACACAUAUCCAUAACCAUAAACAGAAUAAGGUACCAUUGCGAGACGAAGGUGUUGACCCAGGGAAAACAGGAACGAAGGUCACCGAGGGAAAGACGGAUAAAUUCUACUGGCUUCCGCCAGGGGAAGCGUCAUACAAGGAGUUCGGGAGGGGUGAGUGGGAGAUAUUACAGAGUGGAAAGGCUCGACUAUAG